AUAUUCAAAUCAAACCACUCAUUCUUGACAGUACCUGUGCAGUUCUUUAGAAGAAAUAAUAAUAAAUUUCCGAAUGCUUCAUACAAUAUCCUAUCAAUAUUAUAAUUUAAACUAUUUCUACUUCACAGGGUGUGGUAAACAAUGAAUAAUUUUGCUUUUAAAAUUGUAUGAACGUGGAAUUAAUAAUUAUUUGAUCAUGGAAGAACCAACUUUACGAUAUGAAAAAAUUGACUUUUUGGGCGAAGGACAGUUUGCAACUGUGUACAAAGCAAAGGAUGCAAAAACAGACAAAAUUGUUGCUGUGAAGAAAAUUAAGAUAGGAUCACGUCUCGAAGCUCAAGACGGAAUUAAUAGAACUGCUCUUAGAGAAAUUAAACUGUUACAGGAACUGCAGCAUAUAAAUCUAAUUGGAUUAUUGGAUGUAUUCGGACAGAAAUCAAAUGUGUCGCUGGUGUUUGACUUUAUGGAUACAGACUUAGAAAUAAUAAUAAAGGACAAUACUAUUGUACUUACCCCAGCUAAUGUUAAGGCAUACAUGAUAAUGACUUUGAAAGGCUUAGAAUAUUUACAUCAGAAUUGGAUAUUACACAGGGACUUAAAACCUAAUAAUUUGCUAAUAAAUAGAGAAGGUAUUUUGAAAAUUGGUGACUUUGGUUUAGCCAAGGCUUUUGGAUCACCGACAAGAAUAAACACACAUCAAGUUGUUACGAGAUGGUAUAGAGCUCCAGAACUACUAUUUGGAGCGAGGCAGUAUGGAACGGGUGUGGAUAUGUGGGCUGUUGGAUGUAUUUUAGCAGAAUUGCUUUUAAGAGUUCCAUUUUUACCUGGCGAAUCAGACUUAGAUCAGCUCUCCAGGAUAUUCCAAGUGUUCGGAACACCAACAGAAGAAAACUGGCCUGGUAUGAAGACUCUCACAGAUUAUGUGCAAUUCAAGCUGUUUCCCGCUCAAGAACUACGGCAUAUAUUUAGUGCGGCGUCUGAAGAUCUUAUAUUUUUAUUGGAGAGCCUUUUAGCUCUGUACCCGCCAAAUCGAUGUGAUUGCACGCAGGCCUUGCAAAUGGCGUAUUUUAGUAGUAAACCGGCGCCAUCGGUCGGCCCUAAGUUACCGAUGCCUUCGAAUAUUUCAAAACUAGAGGUGGAAAAGCCGUCUUUGAAAAGAAAACUCCUGGACAACAUUGAUGGAGGCUCACUAGCGAAAAGACUACAAUUUUAAUGUUAUUCCAAUUUAGUACAAUAAUUUAAGUGCAAUUUAGACAAAUAAAAGAUGUAUGGUUGACUUUGUCAUAAUUGAACCACUUGGAAUGUUUUAUUAAAAGGUUGUCGUUGACUAAGAGUAAAAAAGUUGACUGAUCUUUUUAAAAAUAUAAUAAUUAAUAAUAGCGACGAUCCCUAUGUAUAAUAAAGCGAUAUAAUAACAAAACAAA